CCAAAAUGGCUGCGCCCAUGAAAUAAACCAAAGUCAUGGAAACAAAGCGGUUGUUCAUCGGAGGCCUGUUUGCCGGCAUCAGUGAAGCGGACUUGAAGGACCGACUUGGAAGAUUUGGUGAUGUUAGCAAUGUGGAGUUAAAGACAAGGAAAAGUGCAGAUGGUGAACCAGUGAAGACAUUUGCCCACCUCAAUCUUGAGUCAACUCCAGACAACUUCAAAAAGUGUGUGGGGACCUACAAUGGUGCAAAGUGGAAAGGUUCAACUCUCAGUAUACAGGUAGCCAAGGAGAGCUUCCUGGAGAGGCUUCAGAAAGAAAGAGUUGCUCACAACCAAAAGGAGAAGGAAGCCACGGCUUCACCGUUGGUCAAGACUCCCAAGGACAUCCGAGUCCCGGGGUCUAAACCUGGGGACCCAGUACCUGGGGAAGAGAACUGGGUUGUUGGGAAAUUUGGUCGUGCUCUGCCGGUUGUGUAUAUGAGACGAAAAGAUGGGAAGAAAAUUAUGAAGGUCGAUCCGUCGAAAUAUACUCAUAGUUUACAGGUCCUGAAGGAUGUGCCAGCUGAGCCUGCAGACGUUGAUGAAUUAACCUGGGAAAUGGAUGAAAAGAAUUCCGAGAUUGAGAAAAAGAAAAUGGGAGUCUUUCCUGCUAUGAAAAAGAAGAAGAAGAAAUCUGUCACGUCUUCCGUGAAUGCUGAUGUUCUGCGUGAAGUGAAAGAAGCCGAGCGUUCAAGGCUUGAGGAGUUUGAAGUUGUGUCGCGCGGGAGAGUGAAAGCGGUUGAUGUCAGAGAUGAUUUGGAUUCUGACGAUACUGAUGAAAUCAUUGCGAUGAAACGUCCAAGGAGAGAUAUGGAUGAGACUAAUAAUCGGGGAGAUAUGUCGGAUUCAUCUAUGGAAACGGACGGCACGGAUAGUGACAGUGGGGUCGAGGCAAGUCGUGCAAGAAAGGGACAGAAAUGUUUCGAGAAGGUUUUGCACGUGUCACAAGAGACCGAUGAAAUUAUCUUAACGGCAGAACCAGUUGGAGGCCGACCAGCGAGAGAAAAUGGUAUUGUUGACAAUUCUGGUGGGAAUUCUGACUCUGACGCUUCGACUGAUAUUGAUGAUAUUCUGAGCAGGAUUCAAGUUAAGAAGAAAGUAACACCGAAGGGGAAGAGGGCGUCUGCUGCUAAGUCAUUGGUAUCGUCUGAUGAGGAAAAUGAUUCCGUUGUCAAGGCAAAGAAACUGAAACUGGGAACGGGGGUUGCUGAUGUUUUUGGCCCUGUUACUCCAAGUUGUUCUGGUAAUGAUGAUUUGAAUGACGACUCUAGAAACAAGAUUAAAAAGAAAAAGAAAUCUGCAAAAAAAGAAAAGGUGGAAAUUUUUCCGGAAAAAUCAGUUGCUUUUGAUGGUAGCGAUGAGGAUGACUUGGAAAAAGUGGAGGCAUUUCAUGAACCGAAACAAGGAAAUUUGUCUUGGACCAAGCCGGUCAAAAAGAUGAAAAUUUCCCGCAAAGAUAUUGUGUCAUUUGAUGAUGCGGGUGGCGUUGUUGACAAACUGGAUGAUGCAGAUGACAGGGACUCGGCAGGUUCGGCAGAUACGGAUGAACUUUUUUCAAAUAUGCGAAAAAAAUUGGAUACUUCCGUUGCAAAGUCACAGAGUACUCCGAAGAUGUCUCUUCCCCUGAAAAAAAAACCUGCUUCAAAAACUGUCGGUUUGAAUGUUUCAGUUUUUGAUGAGUUUGCAAGCGGUUUGGACGAUGUCGCUGAAACUCGUUUGACAUCAAAACAGAAAUCAGACUUCAGUGACUCCAAGUCAGAAGAGUCUGAGUCCAAUUCCGACUCGGAUAGUGAGACAGAAGUUGUUGUUCGAGGUGCUGGCGUGACAAGUUCAACUACUAAAGAACUUGCCGGUGUAAGAACCAAUUUGAAUGUUUCUGGUUCCAAGAUUGCAAGCAAGUCUGGUGCUAACUCUAAGGUUAAAAAUUCAAGCAAAAUUGCACCUGUUUCUAGCGAUUCUGAUGACGAUUUUGUCUCAUGUGAUUCAGGUUCAGAUUCGGAUUCAGAUUCUAGUCCAGAUGCUGGGAAAAAUGCCGGAUGCUCCAUUUCAAAAGCUAAGGCAUUGUUGCUGAAGUCCGACUCUGACAGUUCAGAAUCUGAUGAGGAGUCAAGUGAUGCAACUUCAGAUUCUGAAAAUAUCCAGCCGUCCGUGUCUCAAGUUGACUUUGCCAAAACUAAGUCGUCUGCUUCAAAUGAGAUUGAAUCAGAUUCAGAUGAAAUUGAAUCAGACUCGGAUAAGAUUGAAUCAGACUCUGACAAGAUUGAAUCGGAUUCAGAAUCUGCUGACUCUGACUCUAGCAACUCUGAUGUUCAAGAAACUGCUCGAAAUGAAAUUGUGAAAAGUGAAGUUUCAAAUAAGAAAUUGCCAAAGAAGUCUAUCUCAGAAUCGGCUGUUUCAGUGUCUUCCAAAUUCAACUCAAAGGUUGCAAAACAGCAGGAUACUUCGAGUGACUCUGAUUCGUCCGAUUCAAGUGAGGCGGAGUCGGAUACAUCUUCAGAGAAGACUGCAGGAAAGGAGAUUGGAAAUUUAAAGAAAUUGAAAGAGGUGUCCGAAUCGGAGGAGAGUGGAGAGUCUGAGGCGAGUUCAGAUGCGGAAUUGGACAAUUUGAAGAGUGAACCACAAGGGAAAAAGCGUAGCAUAUUGAAGGUCUCCGACAUUGUUUCUACUGGUCUCUCCCGGCAGGCUGAUAGCAAGGACACUGGAGUCCAGUCAAAGAAAGAGAAGAAGAAAAAUAAGGACAAGACGACGAAAAACAUGUCUAAAGUUGAUAAACACAAAUCAGAUGACUUAAAGAGGAUGGAGACUGUUCAACAGCGGCGUCAGGAGAGCCAGAGCAAGAAGACAGCGAUCAGGGAAGCGCUAGCUGCCGUGGACUCGGGAAAAACCAAGGGGAAGAAAAUCGUCUUUUCUGACAGCGACAGCGAUGAUUCCGCUGCUGAUGAGAUCACUCACGCCGCAGAGAAGAAAUCGGCUCCUGGUUCUCCUUCCAAGGAAAAUACCGUCAAAGCAAAGAAAGCUCCAGGAUUGUUUGAGAGUGAUAGUGAGGAGGAUAUGGAGGUGGUUGAUGAUGAUGAGAUGUUCAGGAUCCGGCCACAGUUUGAAGGCAAAGCAGGCAAGAAGCUGUUGCGACUCCAGCGUCGCUAUGGCGAUGACGAGCGAUUCAAAAUGGACGAGAAGUUCUUGGAAUCGGCAUCCGAUGACGAGGCUGAUGAGAAUGUAGCAUCGCAGGGGGAUGCUGCAGGGGAGAGGUCGGAGCGGGAAAGACAGAUGGAUGUUUUAAAGGAUAUGUUUGGUUCACGGGCCGUGGAUAAGAAAGUCGCAAAGAAGCCUACUUUUCAGAAUGCUUCCUCGGUCCAUUUUGACCCAACGCGGGAGGAUCACAGUCAGUUUGAAGUGCACAUUGAACCCAAGAAGGCAGAGAAGAAGAAGAAGAAGAAAGUCGAGGAGGCGGAGAAGAAGAAUGAACUUGAACUGCCGGAGGUCUCCAAGGAACGAUUUUAUGAAGUGUCGACUGAUCUGAAGGAUGUCUUCCAGGGGAAGGCUGAGACCUCAGCGUUCAGCUUUCUGACACCAGAUUCAGUGGAGAGGGAGGAAUGUGUGGACAAGCUUGCUUCUCCCGAGCCUGAGGCAUGUCAACCGAGUAGCUUGUUACCGUGGCAGGCAGAGACGUUCAAUUAUGAUACGAGCAGCGGAGAGGAGGAAGAGGAUGAGAGAAUGGAAACCGAGCAGACGCAGGUGGAGCCACAAGCAGAACCAGUUAACACCAAGCUUUUCUUCUUCUCCUUGGAUGAUACAAGAAUAAAAGAGGGCGUGGAGUCGUUCUAUCGUCAAGAAGAUAUGAACGUGAUUAGACAAGACUGGUGGGAGAAGAGACCAGCUCUCAUUGAUAGCUACAGGAUGCGACGAAAGAGAGCCUUACGUAAGAAACGCCACGAGAAAGUAAAUUUACCUCCUCAUCAGAAACCGAAAGGAAAAUGGAAUUAGAAACCUUGCCGGGGCUUCGACGUGGACUUUUCAUGAGAGGAACUUACAUAAACAGUCUCAAUACAAACUGGUUCCAAGAAUAUUCCCAUCACAACUGAUGAAUUGCUCUCAACUUCAUGUCUAUUGGCUAUUUAAAUGAUGAUUUAUCACAGCAUUGUGCAAUGCAUGCAAGUGCAGAAUGCAAUGCAUGGUGUGACUUCAAUGCAUUGUGGAAGCAUCAUUACUCACAGGACUGCCUUGAAUGAAGCAAAGGUUGUAUCAAAAAGUGGUUAAUUUCAACUUUUGAUAUGAGGUUUUACUACUGCCAGUAUGGAGGUGGUUGAUGUAGAAGUGACUGCUGUGCUGUGAUCUA